AUGGGGUUUGGACGAAGGUGGAGGGGCUGGGUUAUGGAAUGUAUCAGCACGUGUUCUAUGUCAGUGUUGGUAAACGGAUCGCCUUUUAAGCCGUUCAAGAUGGAAAGGGGAUUGAGACAAGGUGAUCCUUUGUCUCCCUUUUUAUUUGUUCUUGCUGUUGAUGUCCUGCACAGGAUGAUUGGAGAGGCUGUUAGGAAUAGUCGUAUAUCUCCGUUGUUGGUUGGGAGAGAUCAUAUCGAGUUGUUGCAUCUUCAGUUCGCAGAUGAUACGGUUUUGUUCUGCCCACCUGAGGAAGAAACCAUUAAAAAUUACAAGAGGCUAUUACGGGUGUUGGGAUGUAAGGAAGCAACUCUUCCAGUAAAAUACCUGGGAAUUUCGCUUGGAGCAAAUCUCAAGUUGAAUUACCCGUGCGGGGGUCCGUGGAGGGAUAUUUGUCAGUUACAGUUCACGACUCAAGAACUGAGGCAGAAGAUGAUUAAUGGGUUGUCUAUGGAGGUCGGAGACGGAAGAGAUACUCGCUUCUGGGAGGAUGUCUGGCUACUUGGAGGGUUGUUGAAAGAUCGUUUUCCUAGACUUUACUCUGUUUCAAACCAAGUAAUGCAGGCGGACAUGGUCCCGGAGGAGAUCACAAGCUAUAGCUUUACGAGUACUAUCUGGAAAGGACUUGUUCCACCAAGAGUGGAGGUGUUUGUUUGGUUUGCAUUGACUGGCAGAAUCAGUACGAAGGAGAGACUGAGUCGACUUGGGGUUUGGUGUGUAUGGCUAUUAUAUGCUGGUAGAUUAUGGUCUUGUGCGGGUUCGUUGAAGGAGCAUUUCUUAAGUUGGACUGAGGUUUCAGCUAGAAAGGCGGAACGUAAGGCAUGGAUGGUCAGCUUUUGCGCGAUUAUCUGGAAUUUGUGGUUGGAAAGAAAUAGAAGACUAUUUCAGAAUAAGGGAAAAGGAGUGGAGGAGAUUAUCAACAUGUACUCUCUGAACUACAACGAGUGGCUAGGUGCGAAUCCAUUUGGUUGUUGA